CGGUAGUGGGUGCGGCUGCUGCAACUCCGUGCCGCGAUUCAUGCGGAGGUGACGGCAGCAGUGGUGACGCCGCCAUCAAAAUAAAAUAUCCAUUCGGCAGUACGCAGGCAUGCUAGACUGCCGCAACACCACCGCCGGCCGCGGCCUCUUCCUCUUAUCCGGGGGCAGCGGCUACAAGGUGCAGGGGAUAGACUACGAGCACAGAGUGAUGACCAUCCAAGACACUUCCAUCCCCACCUGCCUCAAUCCUAAUACAAACCAACAACAACCACAACAGCACACCAACAACAACAACAACAACAACACCGCCUUCCUCCUGAUCAACUCCGACCUCAUCGCCCCCUCCUACGACACCGUCGUGGCCAUCCUUAACUGCUCCCUCGACUCCCCUCUUCUCCACAGCAAAAGCAGUUUCUGUUUCCCGAAUUUGCCCUCCACCUUUGGCGGCGGGACCUGCAACGACCUCUACGGGGCCUGCGACGCCUUCAGGAACUUCUUAAUAAGGCUGCCGGGCGGCGGCAACGCCAGUACUACUACCCCUCCCUGCUGCUUCACCACCUACUCCACCCUCGCCUACAUGCAAAUGGACAUGCUUGACUGCACGCAUUAUACCAGCUUCUACGCCACCGAUGACAUGUUGAGGAAUGGCGGCGGCAGCCCCACAGGGCGGACGCCGCCGAUGCUUUGGGCUUAUGGGAUCAAGCUGUCUUUUGCCCUACCGCCAGACGGGGUGGGGUGCGAUUGCUGCAUCCGCACCGGGGGUACCUGCGGCUUUGACGUCGUCACACGUGCUCCUUCCUGCAUCACCUCCUCCUCCUCUUUGACUACUACCAAUUACACCACAGUGUCGAGACUAGUGUGCGGUAAUUAAUUACUCCCUAAUUGUUCAUUGAGCAAUGUUACCUAAAGUAUAUAAAAAUUAUAGUUAACUAAAUUAACUAAAUUUAU